AUGGCUGGACGCCACACGAAACUCUCGGGGGCGGUGCCAAUCGUUCCCGCUGCGAGAACCAGCCAGAGGGCCAUCAUGUGCGGCGCAUGCUGUGUGCCUAUCGGGUGUUCGAGAAACGCCAUUGUCUGGAGGAAAGGUAGGGAGCUGGUAAUUAUGGAUCGGCUCCGCAGUGACGGGCGGGUCAGAUAUCGUCAUGCCCACUUGGGUCCCCUCCUCGCUUUUAUCUCUCUUACGCAGGCGUUGGCUCUGCUGGCUUCGGCACUCAACAUUGCGCCCUUCGAACUGUCACUUCGCUCACUAGAGCCUACAGGUAACCGUGAAAAGGCGGUGCUAUCAGCUGGAGAACACGAUGAGCCUGGAGAGCAGGCGACAGCGCACGAUGGUCCGAAAACCGCAGUCACUACGAACAACGGUUCCGCGGCAGAUGCUGAUGGGUCUGCGCUGGCACCUGCAACGACACCAAAGACAGAAUCGGAGCAGACAUCUUCCUCUCAGACGAAUCCGUUGACGUGCAAAUUCGUUAACCUCGGCGAGACAUGCGGAUAUAGCGAGAAGUCAGGGGUUCCACUGUACUGUCUCCCGGGUCAGUGCUGCGUACAAAGCCCUGACAGCGCGUCUCCUCUUUGCUCAACUGACUGCAACGGAUAUGAAAAACCGUUGAUCGGUUUCGAAAUCCCAACCUGUACCUGUGAAGACCAACACUACUACUGUGACGAGCAUGCAUCGUGUGUGGACAGCGCUACUGCCGGCAGUGGUGUUUACUGCAGGUGUGCCAAGGGGUUCAAGGGCAAUGGACUAACUUGCGCGCCUACUUAUUGUGAGGGAGAAAACCCGUGCGGAACUCACGGGACAUGUGUUCCUGAUCGAGAAACCACUGUUGGAUACACAUGCACGUGUGACCCCGGCUACCUCCUCAUUACUUCGCCGGCCCCCAGGUGCGACAAAUGUGAAGGGGAGCCCUGUGGGCCUGAAACGGCAGUAAAAGAAUGCCGCCCCGGUACUAACGGUUCUUACUCAUGCUUGUGCCAAGAAGGCUAUAGCCUCUCCGAACUUAAUGGACGCAAGCUAUGCCACAAAUUCUCAUCACGAUGUUCUACUUCUCCCUGUGGCCCGGAAGAGGCUGUACAGGCAUGCAGAGAUACUGGUGAAUCGUACGAGUGUCUUUGCAACGUCGGCUACAAGUUCACUCGGGAGUCCGGCGAACCGAAGUGUGUCGAACACAGCAUCUGUGACACAGAACCUUGUGGGGCUGCCCACUUGGUCAAGGAAUGCAGACCAACGGACUCUGGGUAUACAUGCACCUGCCAAGAUGGCGCCGUUCUUGUCGGAACAAUUCAUCAGCCGCAUUGCAUCAACAGAAACCCUGUGCCAUGGAUAAUCGCCAUAAGCUCAGUGCUCGGGGUCAUCGUUCUUUCAAUUCUAAGUUUGUAUGUGUAUCACCAAUGGCAACGGAGGGUUGCAGCAGCGAGAGGAAGAAGAAGCCAGGAACAGCCUGAAGAUUGA